UUGGAUCGUCAUCAUCGCGUUCAGGAGGUGAACUCUACCGAGUGGGUGCUUUACAAGUUCAUCCAAAGUUUUCAUCAUCAAAUAUGGAUAACGAUAUUGCCUUACUAUGGCUUUCGAGACGCAUGAAGUUUAGUGAACGUGUUGCACCUAUCGCUUUAGUUGAAGAAGAUGAAGAGAUACUUGAUGGUGAUACUACAAUGGUCACAGGUUGGGGAAAUCUAAGGGAAGGAGGAGGUAAUCCGUCGACUUUGCAAAUGGUACUAAUACCAAUCGUCAAUCCAACACAAUGCAAAGAUGCCUACAGCAAGCAGUACGUGAUAACACCAAGAAUGAUAUGCGCAGGACUACCUGAUGGAGGCAAAGAUUCUUGCCAGGGUGACAGUGGAGGACCUCUAGCUUAUAACGGAAGAUUAGCGGGAAUAGUGUCCUGGGGUGUCGGAUGUGCACGACCCAACUAUCCUGGAGUGUAUACCAAAGUUUCAGCUCUAAGAAGAUGGGUCGAUGAGACCAUCUCCACCAUGGCUGUGACAUCCAGUUUCUUCAGUGCUUCAAUAACCAUCAUGUAUAGUCUACUAUUUGUUUUCACCAUUGUUGGUCUAGCGACAUCGCUACCGACAAAAUCUAAAGAAGAUAUUAGAAUAGUUGGCGGAGAAGAUAUUGAUAUAACACUAGCUCCAUAUCAAGUAUCGUUGUUAAGAAGAGGUCGUCAUACUUGCGGUGGAGCUAUCAUUGCGAAUGACCUCAUUGUCACAGCCGCCCAUUGUGUUACUGGUUCCAACGCCCGUGACUAUUCAGUUCGUGUUGGUUCGUCGUCAAGUCAAUCCGGUGGUCAAGUGAUUCCAGUGAGUGAUUUAGCAUGGCAUCGCAAUUUCACUUAUUCCAAGAUGGACUGUGAUGUUGCUUUAGCGAGGUUGUCAAAACCUUUGGUAUAUAGCGACAGUAUUGCACCGAUUGACAUGCUACAAAAUAAUGAAGAGGUACCUGAUGGAGAUAUCACUAUGGUCACUGGAUGGGGAAAUCUUCGGGAAACUGGUGGAUAUCCAAGACAGCUACAAAUGGUGUUAGUACCAACAGUAAAUACCGCCAUGUGUGAUGUGGCGUAUUCACCUUCCUACACUGUCACUUCUACGAUGAUCUGCGCUGGUGUACCUGAAGGUGGCAAGGAUGCUUGUCAGGGUGACAGUGGUGGUCCAUUGGUACACAAUGGUCGUCUUGCGGGAAUCGUAUCCUGGGGUUUGGGCUGCGCUCGACCGAACUAUCCCGGAGUUUACGCUAAAGUCGCUGCAUUGAGAGACUGGAUCGACCAAAACAGCGAAAUGUUACGCCAAAAAUACGUCUUAAGAGCAUUUUAUAAUUGCUGCAUAAUGUUUAAAUUUAUAUUGUUACUUCUAACUAUCGGUGUAGUAGCAUCAGUACCGACAAUUAAAACAAAAGAAGAUGUGAGGAUUGUUGGCGGAGAAGAUAUAGAUAUAACAUCAGCUCCUUAUCAAAUAUCACUCGUAAAAAAUGGUAGACAUUCCUGUGGUGGAUCUAUUAUUGCCGUCGAUACAAUACUAACAGCAGCACAUUGUGUUUUAAAUUCCGCUCCUCAAGAUUAUAUGGUUCGUGUUGGUUCAUCAUCGUAUGAAAAAGGUGGUGAUCUUUAUCCAGUUAGUGAUUUACUCUGGCAUCCGAAUUUUACUUAUACCAAAAUGGACAGUGAUGUAGCAUUAUUGUUUCUUUCUAAACCAUUAACAUUCAAUGAUGGAAUCGCUGCAAUUGAAUUGAUAAAUAACAACGAAGAAAUUGAAGACGGUGAUAUCACAAUGGUAUCUGGUUGGGGAAAUUUGCGCGAAGGUGGUGGUUACCCCACAACAUUACAAAUGGUACUGGUACCCAAAGUGAAUUCAAAUGAAUGUAACAAAGCUUAUUCACCGAUGUAUAACAUAACGCCAACGAUGUUGUGCGCUGGAGUUCCUGAAGGAGGCAAAGAUGCGUGUCAGGGUGAUAGCGGUGGCCCAAUGGUCCACAAUGGAAGGUUGGUUGGAGUUGUAUCGUGGGGUUUGGGCUGCGCUCGACCGAACUAUCCUGGAGUCUACGCCAAGGUGUCUGCACUCAGGGGCUGGAUUGAUGACAGCAUCACGUAUUUACGCCGUAAACAUAUAUUUAGACCGUUUCCAUUUAUUGUAUUAGAUAAGUUAUUUAAAUUAUAG